AUGAAAAAUUCACAGAUGCUGCAAGGUACGAUGCCUCGUAGUAGCAGCAACAGCAGCGGCAGCAGCAAUAGCCGCAGCACCAGCACCAGCAAGAGAGCAGCAGCAGUAGCAAGCGCUGCAGCGCAUGCAAGCAGCAUAGCAGCUGGAACAACAACAGGAAGAAUUCGAGCAGCAGUAGCAUCGGCGGGCUUCGCUAUUGCCUUCUGUGGCUCAUACGAUGUCCACCUAAAUUUGGUGCUCGCCAAUGCCGAGGAGACCCUCACAGUAGUGGAUGAGAACAACAAACUAUCGAAAACUGUUAGGAAGCUCCCUCUCAUAUUUGUUAGAGGAGACGCUGUUGUCCUUCUGUCUCCUCUUAACGACUCUUGA